AUGCCAAAAAUUUGGUUGAAUGCAAAUGUGAACAACUUUCAAAGAAGGUUUGUGAAUGAAGUAAGAAGAUGUGAAUCCUUAGAAAGGGUCCUUCGUUUUCUGGAAAGUGAGAUGGGGGAGGAGAUCCCACCUGUCAUAUACGGGAAAUAUCCAGAUACUCCACCACCACGAGAAAUGAUUGACUUAGAGACAGUCUUGGAGAAACUGGAAUGUGAGUUGGAAGAAGCCAACCAGAACCUGCAGUCAUUGAGGCAGAACCUUCUAGAACUCACUGAACUCAAACAUCUCCUGAAGAAAACCCAAGACUUUUUUGAGACUGAGACUAAUUUGCCUGAUGAUUUCUUCAAUGAAGAUACUUCAGGGCUAUUGGAAUUGAGAAGUACUCCUGCAGCAGUUGCUGCGAAACUGGGAUUCAUAGCUGGUGUGAUUAAAAGAGAGAGGUUGGUGACUUUUGAACGUUUGCUGUGGAGAGCCUGCAGGGGAAACGUCUACCUGAAGUUCAGUGAAAUGGAUACACCCUUGGAAGAUCCUGUCACUAAAGAAGAGAUGAAAAAGAACGUAUUCAUCAUCUUCUAUCAAGGGGAACAGCUGAAACAGAAAAUCAAGAAGAUUUGUGAAGGGUUCCGUGCCACUGUAUAUCCCUGUCCCGAAUCAGCCGGAGAACGCCGAGAAAUGGCUGCUGGCGUCAACACAAGGAUUGAAGAUCUCAACACAGUAAUCAUCCAAACUGACUCCCAUCGACAGGGGCUAUUGAAGGAAGCAUCUGCGAACCUGUGGGUCUGGGGAAUCAAAGUGAAGAAAAUGAAAGCCAUCUACCACAUCUUGAAUUCUUGCAACAUUGAUGUCACUCAACAGUGUGUCAUUGCAGAGAUCUGGUUCCCUGUGGUAGAUACCCAGAGGAUAAAAGUAGCACUAAAUCAAGGAAUGGAACAAAGCGGUUCUACAAUCAACCCCAUCCUGACUGCUCUACAAACCAAGUUGGAACCUCCUACCUUUAACCGAACGAAUAAAUUCACUGCUGGAUUCCAGGCCAUUGUAGAUGCUUAUGGUGUUGGGAAUUAUAGGGAGAUUAACCCAGCUCCCUUCACUAUCAUUACUUUCCCUUUUUUGUUUGCGGUGAUGUUUGGCGAUUGUGGUCAUGGUACAGUUAUGCUGGCCUUUGCGCUGUGGAUGAUCAGCAAUGAAAAGUACUUUUUAGCUCAGAAAAAUGACAGUGAGAUUUGGAAUAUCUUUUUCGGUGGACGCUACUUGAUCCUACUCAUGAGUAUCUUCUCCAUUUACACUGGCUUUAUUUACAACGACUGCUUCUCCAAAUCGUUCAACAUAUUUGGAUCUUCCUGGAGUGUCCGCCCCAUGUACAACAAUGGUGGAUGGACGGACGAUAUUGUUAAUGAGAGUGGUGUUCUACAGUUAGAUCCAAAAACAAAAGGUGUAUAUUCUGGAAACCCUUAUCCUUUUGGAAUUGAUCCGAUCUGGAAUAUUGCCAUCAAUAAACUAACUUUCUUGAACUCGUACAAAAUGAAAAUGUCUAUCAUCAUGGGAAUCCAAGAAGUUCAAACUUUCCUGGUCAUUUUCGCCUUGAUUGCCAUACCUUGGAUGCUUCUGAUUCAGCCUUUUAUUAUUCGAGCCAAGCAUCAGAAAGCUCAGAAUAGGUUGGCUUCAUCAAGCCUGUCAGAAAGUCCUACUGGUGAUAUUGAAGUAGAGAUCAUGGACUCCAACCACUCUGAAAAAACAAACCAAGACGUUGACAGCGGUGGAGGCCAUGACCAUGAAGAAUUCAACUUUGGCGACAUCUGCGUGCACCAGGCAAUCCACACUAUUGAAUAUUGCUUGGGUUGCAUUUCCAAUACAGCUUCCUAUCUCCGGCUUUGGGCACUCAGCCUGGCUCAUGCACAGCUCUCGGAGGUUCUUUGGCAGUUGCUGUUUUCAAUAGGAUUUAAAAUGACCGGCUGGAUAGGACUAAUUGGGAUUUUUGUCCUCUUUGCCAUAUUUGCUGCUCUCACAAUAGCAAUUCUACUCAUCAUGGAAGGUCUUUCUGCCUUUCUGCAUGCGCUCAGGCUUCACUGGGUGGAAUUCCAGAACAAAUUCUAUUCUGGCUCUGGCUCUGUUUUUUCGCCCUUCUCCUUCAAGACCAUAAUAGAAAGAAAGGAAGAAUGACUGCUAUUAAUGAUGCAGAAAUUCAAAACUUCUGAGGUUUCUGCUGUUCUUUUUCUUGGUGAGCAUUUCCUUGAGAAUUAAGAGCCAGAAGGGAUACAGAACUUCCACAAUAGGACUUCAGACUCCAAAUGUGUUGUCAGAGACAAGC